GCGCGCCGUCGAGAACUCCGUGCGUUGCCAUAGAGACACGAGAGCGCUGAGUGGGAAGCCGUGGAUAACCGCGGAGGCUCCGUGCUUCUCCGUGCCAGAAUCAUGUCUUUCCGCGACCUUCGCAAUUUUACAGAGAUGAUGAGAGCCUUGGGAUACCCUCGACAUAUUUCUAUGGAAAAUUUCCGCACACCAAAUUUUGGACUUGUAUCUGAAGUUCUUCUCUGGCUUGUGAAAAGGUACGAGCCUCAGACUGACAUCCCUUCUGAGAUUGAGACGGAACAAGACCGAGUUUUCUUCAUUAAGGCAGUUGCCCAGUUCAUGGCCACCAAGGCACAUAUAAAACUCAAUACUAAGAAGCUAUAUCAAGCAGAUGGCUAUGCAGUGAAAGAACUAUUGAAGAUCACCUCUGUCCUUUAUAACGCUAUGAAGACCAAAGGGAUGGAGGGCUCUAAAAUAGCAGAGGACGACAUUAGCAAAUUCAAGUUUGAUCUUGGCUCCAAGAUUGCCGAUUUGAAGGCAGCAAGGCAGCUUGCUUCUGAAAUCACCUCCAAAGGAGCGUCUCUGUAUGACUUGCUGGGCAAGGAAGUAGAGUUGAGGGAACUGAGAACAGAAGCAAUUGCCAGACCUCUGGAGAUAAACGAGACUGAAAAAGUGAUGAGAAUUGCAAUAAAAGAUAUUUUGGCGCAGGUUCAGAAGACUAAAGACCUGCUCAAUAACGUGGCCUCUGACGAAGCUAAUUUAGAAGCCAAAAUUGAAAAGAGGAAGUUAGAACUGGAAAGAAACCGGAAGCGACUCCAGACUCUGCAGAGUGUGAGACCAGCCUUUAUGGAUGAAUAUGAGAAGAUUGAGGAAGAAUUGCAAAAGCAGUAUGACAUUUAUCUGGAAAAAUUUCGAAAUCUGUCUUAUCUGGAACAACAACUUGAGGAUCAUCAUAGAAUGGAGCAAGAGAGAUUUGAGGAAGCUGAAAACACUCUUCGUCUGAUGCAGAACAAGCUAAAGGAAGAAGAAAAACGAUUGCUCAAGAGUGGAAGUCAGCCAGGAGAGCCCGAAGCUGCCCUAAGUGAUAAGCCUGCAUGGAGUUUAUACCCUCCUGGGAGGUCUGGCACAGGGAAUAAUGACUCGGACACUGACAUCCAGGAGGAGGAUGAAUCUGACAGUGAACUGGAAGAGAGACGGCUGUCCAAGCCACGGACAGCCGUGGAGGUGCUCAUGCAAGGAAGACCUAGCAAAAGCAUCGUGGGCACAAUGCAAGGUGGAGACUCGGAUGAUGAUAUGGAAGGACCACCAUCUCUAUUAGGUAAAUGCAAGACCUCCAGCUCCAAGAAGCAGGAAGACUCAGAGGACAGUGAGAUUGACAUGGAAGAUGAUGAAGAAGAUGAUGAUUUGGAAGACGAGAGCAUUGCUCUCUCUACAGCUAAACCCAGUCGAAGGGUCCGGAAACCUGAGCCCCUGGAAGAGAGUGACAAUGACUUCUGACCUUUUUACCAAGGGAUCCAUAUAGAUUAAAACCCUCAGAUUUGUAGGUUUUACAAUCCUACAUUUGCAGGCAAUGUAGAGGAUUAGGAAGGAAACAUAUUUUGUUUGCUAAGACAGUUGGACUGAUUGUUAAUGAAGUAGUACCUGUUUUUGCUUUAGCCUCCUAUGUGUAACUCCAUGAAGCUUAAACAAGAACCAGAGCAAACCCCAA